CACUUGAAUCAACAAUCAAACUUUAAAUAAUACACAGAAAUAUAAACAAAAUGGUUUCGUAACCGUUCCACGGAACUCUAAAUCGCCAAAUAAAUACGGACGCGAAGUUGGGGACAUUAUUCAUUUGGUGUUACCAUAUUGAACGAUACCAGCGCAAAAAAAUCAAAAUGUUCAAGCAAUUCUUUGUUUUCGUUGUGUGCAUCAUCGCUAUGAUGAUUGGAAACAGCAUGCAGCAACUUCCUGGUGGUGCUGAAGGAUUCGCCGCUGCUCCCGCCGCAGCAAUGGGAGCCGGUAUGGCGGCUGCAGGUGGCGCUAUGGGAGCUGGUAUUGAGGCUGCAAAAACCGCAAUGGCAGCCGGUGUAGGAACUGCAGCAGCUGGCAUGGGAGCUGCAGCUGGUUUUGGAGCAAUGGGCUAAGCAACAAACUGAAAUCAUCAAAAUAAUCUCUUCUGCAUAUAAAUAAUAAACGAAUGUGAAACUGCA